AUGACUCAGGUGCCUGCUGACUACCUGUCAACCACCAGCUCCUACAACUAUGAGCCACCCCUCCCCUCCGUGGCUCGGGCCAGCACCCUCACCAAGGUCCCUCCAGCCAAAAAAAUAACCUUCUUCAAGAGUGGAGACCCGCAGUUUGCAGGAGUCAAGAUGGCCAUCAACCAGCGGAGCUUCAAGAGCUUCAACGCGCUCAUGGAUGACCUCUCCCAUCGGGUCCCGCUGCCGUUCGGGGUCCGGACCAUCACCACCCCACGAGGAAUACACUGCAUCAGUGAGCUGGACCAGCUGGAGGACGGAGGCUGCUACCUGUGCUCCGACAAGAAGUACGUGAAGCCCAUCAGCAUCACCUCUGGGGGACACAGGCCGGCCCCGCCACGGAACAGUCGCCCCUCCAGCACCAUGAGGAGAGCGGCCCAGGAGGGCAAGCUGGAAGAUUAUUCCACACCUUUCACUCACCAUGGUCCCAGAAUACCCAAGAAAAUCACUCUGGUUAAGAACGGGGAAAGUGGAUUUCGGCGCUCCAUCAUCCUGAACCGCAGAAAUGCCCGGAGUUUCAAAACGCUCCUGGAUGAGAUCACAGAGAUCCUGCAGUUCCCAGUGAAGAAGCUCUACACUGUUGAUGGGAAGAAGAUCGACAGCAUGCAGGCCCUGCUCCACUGCCCCAGCGUGCUGGUGUGUGUCGGCCGGGAGCCAUUCAAACCUAUAUCCAUGGAGAAUUUGAGGAAACACUCGGUGGAGAAGCUGCCCAACCUGCCUCCCCGCUCCAACAAUGGCAACAAUGUCAACGAGAACAAUGACAGUAAGAAAACCUCGGGGCCGUUGAACUUCGGACUGAAAGCCAAAAAAAGCGUUAUCCAUCCACGGUCAGCAUCCAGCAACAGAUCGAUGAGAUUUUCCUUGUCAUCAGAAAAGUCAUACCCCAAUGGCCUUGUGGCCUCUCCAGACAACGGGGCACCCUUCUCCAAUGGCUGCUCUCACCCAAAAGCUGGGGACCUGGUCCAGUCCUUGGUCAAUGAUGACAUCGAGAAGCGGGUCCAUGUGAACAAGGAUGGGAGCUUGUCCGUGGAGAUGAAGGUUCGCUUCCGUUUGCUCAAUGAUGAGACUUUGCAGUGGUCCACUCAGAUCAAAAAGUCCAACCUGAUGAACCGGCUGCCUUGUGAAGAGUCAGGAGUGGAGGAGGACAGUGGACUAGAUCCCCUACAGAAAAUGAACCCGGAAGCCAGCUCAGAAGCAGAUGAUUCCUUAUAUCCCUGUGAUAUCGAUUCCUACAUGUCCAAACUUGAGGAAUCAGAAUGUGACGAGGCCCACUGUCACAGCUGUGGAAAGAAACACCAGGACUAUGACAUUUGGAAGAACCCCAUGCACAUGUCCCAGAGGGAAGAGCCCAGCGUGCGAAGCACCUGGCACACACGGUCGUCAUGCUCCAGCACAUCUUCCCGGAGGAGAGUAGUCCACAAAAAAAUGACAUCUGUAGAUAGCAUCCACACCACAUCCAGUGAGGAAUUCUCUGAGCACAUUGUGAGAGAGUCCUCAUCCUACUCAGAGACUAUAAAGAACAGAGUGGCGUAUCGAUCUGUUAAAAAGUGUAUGUGCCGAAGUGAUUUGUCUACUGGUGCUUCCAAUGGAGAAGAACAGCAGGAAUACACUCAGACAAGCACGGGAAACAGCCAGAGGCCUUCAUCCUUGGGCUUGAUGUCACAUUCAAGCUGUGAAAACAACCUGGAUACUCAAGACACCCCUGAAGACCAGGAGAUCACCAAAAUAAUUUCACAGAAUGAGGAUGCAAAUUGUUUUGAAGCUUCCUCUGUGAAGUGCUUGAAGGAUGAGGAGGAAGAGGUUGAAAGCAGCAGAGUUGGGAGUGUCAUGUCCAGGUCAUCUCUGCAGUCCAAGCAGAGCAAGAAGAACGUGUGUGAGGAAACGAGCAGCGUGGGCAGGAGCAUGUCCUCCUCAAGCCUUCAGAAGGCAAAUCAGGGAGACAACAGCCAGUGCUCCACCCCUGCCAACAGCGUGCACAGCAAGUCCAGUAACUGCACCACACCAAAAGAAAAGACUGAGCAGAGCGACCCCUCUGAUGACAACCCAGUGGUGUCCUCUUUCUCCAGUGAGUCCUGCCCCAAGAAAGAGACUGAAGAGGUGGAAGCAGAGCAGGAAGAAAGUGAAGUCAAUGAAGUCAGCUCAGUGUCAGCAAAAACAAAGCCAAGUCAGUCAAUCAGGGGUGAGAGCAGUGAAGGGGAACAAUGCUCUACGCAAGGAACCCACCGUUCCAAGGCUAGUGACAUGAACAGCAAGAAAAGUGGCAGUGAUGAGAACAUUCCAUGCAGUGUCUCUUGCUCUUCCAGAGGGUCCAGAAAGAGCAAACGCAGCCACAUUCAUUUGGAUGCACAGUCUGAAAUAUCCGUCUCUUCACUUGAAUCCACUCCAAAUAAAAAGAAGAGUUCGCUACAUGCAGAUGAUGCAAGAUCAGGCAGCAGGGCAUCAAUUUACUCCAAAAGCUCAUGUGAAACCAAGAAAAAAUCUGUUGGAGACACCAUAUCUCGUAAGUCAGGAUCUCUUCACUCAAACAUUUCAUCUACCAGUGAAGCAGAGGCAAAUGCAGGUCCUGCUGAGGAGAAAAGCUCAAAAAGUACUGCCAGUGGCUGCAGUGAAUCCUCAAAAAACUCAAAGAAGAGAAGCCAUAAAGCAGAAAGCAGCAAGCCAUCAUCCCUCUACUCAAGUUUUUCAAGUCCUAAUGGAAAAGCUGGAGAGAGUCAUGCCAAGAUUAGUUCAGAACCCUCUUCUUCAAAACAGGGAAGCAUGAGUGGGAGUGUAUGUUCAAAAGUUGACCACUCAGCUGAGGAUGGCAUUAGGAAUGGAAAACCUACAAGUAGCUCCUCAAGAGUCUCUUCGAAGUCAGAAAUAAAAGAUAAAUGUGUGUUGACACAGAUAUCCCAGGAAACUGAUGAUAGGUGUUCACAGUCAAACAUGUCUCUAUCUUCAAAAUCAAGGCAGACAAACCCAAAAAAUCUUCGUGUGAAGGUGUCAAACUCCAGCCGGGCAUCAGUGUCGGAGACUAUGUCAGUGUGCAGUCUGCACUGCCCUGCCCCACCAAAAGGGAAGCCAAAGAGAAAAAAUAUGCGUUCAACCAUGUUGAAGAAUUCCUCCAUCAGCAGCAUCGGCACCGAGUCUGUGCUGACCGCAGGAAGAGAGCAGAAAGAAAUUGUGGAUUCCUCCAAAGCAACUUCCUAUGGUUCUAAAUCCACUGCAGCCAAAGAAGAUGGUCAGAAUAAUAAAGUGACUGAUGAUUUUUGCAGCAAAAAAACAGAGGAAGAGGUAGAAGACACGAGUGUUCAGGAGGAAGGAGGUGAUUUAAUGCCAUCAGCUCUACCAAAUACAUCUCCAGAAGAAGUUGUGCAAGAAUGGCUCAGAAAAAUCCCUUCGGAAACGUUGCUUAUGAAAUAUGAAAUGGAGGAUGACGGAGAGGAGGAAUGUGCAGAGUCGACCACUGAGGUAUCACACUGUACAAAUGCUGAGGAAGCCCCAGAGGAGGAAAAAGCUGAGGAAAAGAAUGAGGAGGAGGAGGAGGAGGCUGAAAAGGAUGAAGCAAAGGAUGAAGUAGAAGAAGAGAAAGCAGAAGACACAGCUAUUAUUGAAGAGGUUGAAGAAUGCGUGAACCAGGAAGAAAUCUCUGAGGUUGCACCUGAAGCUGCCGAAGUUGAGCAGGCAGAAUGCAACAAGUCAGUUACAUCCAGCCAAAAUAACAACAAGAGAGACCUGCCAACCUCUGUCCAGACGUCUGUCCAGAUCAUGAAGGCCUUGCUCAGUUCAAAGCAUGAGACCAAAUUUGACCGAUCAAACAGCUUGCCCGAAGUGUCCCCCACAAUGGGGAGAAAACUGAGUAAUUCUGCUAACAUUUUGAUUUCUUGUCUUGCCAGCCUUCAGCUCCUUGAUGAAGAGUCAGAGGAUCCAUCAGAAAACUCAAAACAUUUGAAUAAGUCAAGGUACACAGAGCUGCUAAAUAUUUUUCAAGCCCUCUGGUUUGGGUGCACUGCUGAAAGGAGCGGCCCAAGUUCAGGCCAAGAGGCAAGCAAGCCAGCAAAGCCAGUGUCUGGGUCUAAGGUCCCAAAAUCCAUGGAUCACGCCUUCACUGCCAUGUCCUCCUCUGGGGUCGAUGUUUGCAGUGGCUCUGGUGGCUCAGGAGAAGAGUGCACAGCUGGUGCCACGUUGGUGGCCCAGAAAACCAUGGAAUGCAAAUCAGCCGAGCAAAUGGAAAAUGCAGAGACUGGCACAGAACUGACUGAGGUUGAGGAGCAAAGUAAAGAGGAAGAGCAGCCAUCCCGCCCUUCCACAGCCUGCUCAGAGGCAACUGGAGAACAGGAAAAAGCUGAAGCUGUGAAUGAUGAAGUCCCACAGGAAAAGCCUGAAGAGGAAGCUGAUCAGCCAGAGACCACUGGUGAUGCCGAUGUCGGUGAUGCUGAUGUCAGGACAGAGCUGAAAGAUGAAUUGCAAGAGCAGCCCCAAGAAGAGUCUCCAAAUGACCCUGAGCCCAAAGUCAAUACACCCACCAUUGUGGACACAUCCGUUGUCCAGCAAAACUCCGUGGAUCCAGACCCAACCUGGGUCCUGAGACUACUCAAGAAAAUCGAGAAGGAGUUCAUGGCUCACUAUGUCAAUGCCAUGAACGAGUUUAAAGUCAGGUGGAACCUGCAGGACAACCAGCAGAUGGAUGCAAUGAUACUGGAGCUGAAGGAGGAAGUGAGUAAAAGGAUACAAAAGAGCAUAGAGAAAGAGUUGAGGAAGAUCAAAAGCAGGGCUGGAAGGAGGAUGCCAAGGCCUCCAGAAGAGCCACCCACACGCGAGUCCAAACUCCAAACUGAGCAGAGGAGAUGGCGACUUCAAACUAUGCAUAAAAAGUCCCUCUUUGCAGACAAGAAUGGUGCCCAAAUGAGGCUGGAGGAGGCGUCAGACUUAUCAUUAGAUGUAGACAAUGACUUUAACCUCAGUGCAGCCUUGGAGGACAGCAUUAACAAACAAUCCAGUGAGGAGGAAUAUUGCCCAUGUGACUCCUGUGUGAGGAAAAAACUGGCUUCCAGGCCUGCCAGAGCCCCUGUGGUGGCCACCAAUGCCCCAGUCAUGAAAGCCUUUGAUUUGCAGAAAAUCCUGAGGCUGAAGAAAGAUGACAAUGAGGAAGCCAUCGUCGCAGAAGCAGCCCAGGACACCAAAACACUUCCCAAUGGUUCUGCGGAGGAAGGGGCAGAAAACAAGGAGAAGGAUGAGGAGCUACCUCAGACAGGUGAAAGAGAAGCAGAGGAUGAUGAAGGAAAAGAGCCAGAAUUAAAUGAAGAUGAUGGUGCAACGUUGAAUGGAGAUGGAGAAGAACCUGAAGUAGCAGAUAGUCAAAAUGCUGAGGUGGAGGAGGAGGCCAGAAUUGAAGAAACCAAAGAAGAAGCAGAAGAAGGAGGGGAAGAAACACAAGAAGGAGAAGAAGAGAAAGAGGAAGAAGAAAUGGCCAAGGCUGAAGAGGAGGAAAUAAAAGAGAAGGAUGGUGAAACUAAUGAAGAUGAGGAAGUAAAAGAGGAAGAAGCAGAAGAAGGAAAGGAGGAAGAGGAAGAAGCAAAGGAAGAAGAAGAAGAAGGGAAAGAAGAAGAGGAAGGGAAGGAAGGAGAGGAGGAAGCAAAAGAGGAGGAGGAGGAAGCAAAAGAGGAAGAGGAAGAAGCAAAUGAGGAGAAGGAGGAAGAGGCCAAAGAGGAGGAGGAGGAAGCAAAAGAGGGGGAGGAGGAGGAGGAAGAGGAAGAGGAAGAAGCAAAAGAGGAGGAGGAGGAAGUAAAAGAAGAGGAGGAAAAAGAAGAGAAGGAGGAAGAGGAAGAAGCAAAAGAGGAGGAGGAGGAGGAGGAAGAAAAGGAGGAAGAAGCCAAAGAGGAGGAUGAAGAAGCCAAAGAGGAGGAGGAAGGGAAGGAAGAAGAUGAAGAAGCCAAAGAGGAGGAGGAAGAAGCAAAAGAGGAAGAGGAGGAAGGAAAAGUGGAGGAGGAAGAAGCAAAUGAGGAAGAGGAGGAAGAAGCUAAAGAAGAGGAGGAAGAAGCCAAAGAGGGAGAGGAAGAGGAAGAAGCAAAAGAGGAGGAGGAAGAAGCAAAAGAGGAAGAGGAGGAAGAAAAAGAAGAAGAAGCAAAAGAGGAGGAGGAAGAAGAAGGGAAGGAGGAAGAGGAGGAAGCAAAAGAGGAGGAGGAAAAAGGGGAAGAGGAAGAACAAGAGGAAGAAGCUCAAAAUGAAGAGCAAGAAGCUGAAGAAAAGUCCGAAUGUGAAAAUGAAGCUGAAGAAGCAGAGGAGCCAGAGGAUGAGGAAGUUGUGGCUGAUGAUGAGGCAGAGACAUCAGAAUGCAGAGGAGAUGCUGAGGGCUCUGGAGCUGACAACAAUCCUGAAGGAGAUGCUGUGGAAGGAAAUGAAGAAGCUGAGCAAGAUGAAGCUGAGGCAGAAGAAGAUGCAAAACCAGAGUCAGGAGAUGAGGCUGAGGAGAAAAACAGUGAAGAAGAUGAGAAACCUGAUGAGAAUGGUGAGGAACCCACUGGUGAUGACCCUGACAAGGCACAUGAAAAACACGAAGCCCAAUGCAACAGCAAAUUUUCUGAGAAAGCUUCAAAGACCAAAGGCAAGAAAACCAGCAAAAGGUUAGAAACUCUGAAAAAAUCCACAGCCUUUUCUUGUUAUUCUUCUGUUGGAAACUUCUCACAGCAAUCCCAGAAGGGGUCUGAUGAUGAAGAGGAAAGAGUAGAUGAAGAAGAAGUAGUCGAAGAGGAAGGAAUAGUUGAAGAGGAAGCAGUAGCUGAAGAGGAAUGCAAAGGUGAUGAUAGCCCCACUAGCGACCACCCCAAUGGAGAGGUUCGAAGUGAUGAGAGCUCCAAGCCCUCCCAGAUGUAUCCUGACAGUGAGGAAGAGGAAGAGGACAAAGAAUCUUCGGGUUCUGAUCCUGUGGGAGAUGAGGAGCAGCCAGAUACUGAAGGUGCAGAGCCAAAGGAGGCUGAAAACACUGAGGAAGUUCAGUCUUCUAAAAAGAAAGAAAACUCUGAUGAGAUUGACCAGGAUGACCUGGACUUCUAGAACUGCUGACUAAAACCUGACUUUUUCUCUCUUCCUUUCUUUCUUUUUUAAAAGUACAUUUUCAUUGCAUAUUUCAUUAUCUCUGGUGAGCUGAGCCCUCGUAAUCAGCUUUUCUUCUGAGUUAAAUGUGGUAAACUCAAUCUUGAAUCCUGUGAGUAAUGUUGCGAUUACCUGCCCUCAUUUCUAGAGGGCUAGUAGCUCAUUAAUAUCCUGUGGUCUCAAUAGGUAAGUGAUUUAGGGAAAGAGAAGGCUGUUUUGUUUGGGAUACCUUCUAGUUCCCACCCUUUAAGCCACGCUGUUUGCUGCUGGAGUGAUCUGUGGCUCUGCUGGGCAUCGUCUCUGUGUGACUUUGGGAUGCCUUUCACCUGUUGCACACUAUAAUUUCCUGGAGAGAUUGCCAAUCCACAGAAACAUGACAAAAUUUGGAUUCAUUGCCAAAGUCUGGUCAGAGCCCACAGAGAUGUACAUUCAUCUUCCUCCUUACCCUACCUUCCCUAUACCCUGUAUAUUCAUCUUUCCCUCACCUACCCCACCUCCUCUGUACCCAGAAAAAAGGGUCUGAGAUACUAAAGAUUUUCCCCUUUUUCUUUUUUUUUUUUUUCUUUUUUUUUCCCUUUAGUAGAUGUUGAGCUCAUUCCUCAUUUCAAUGGAAGCCUCAACAUGGAGUAAGGUCUUUCCAGUAGAUCCUCUUCCAGACCCCAUCUCUCUGUAUUAUGCUCAUCACUGUAGUGGUAGAUAAAAAAGAUGAGUUAAUUCACUCUGUCAGGUCUCUGAGAAGUGGUUGAAUGCAAUAUUGACCAAAUUAGGGAUAGAUGCAAUCCCUUGUGAUGUCCUUUACUAUGCCAAUGAUGGUAUUGAAGCACUUUACAACCAUCUGGGAUCCCUCAGACAAUUUUGCACGAGGCUCUGUUCUGGAGCUAAUGGGAUUUGCAAUGGCUCAGUGCCCCAUCCUUGCAGACAAAAUUUAAACUAAUUUUCCCUUUAACAUGGAAAAGCUUUGGGCAUUUGUGCUGCAGCAAACAGCUGGAAAAGGCUGAAGCAGUUAUUGGAGAGCUUGGACUUUACAAACCACACUAGAACUGCAAACUUCAUUUAGCAACUGUUUUUUACCAGAUUGUAACUUUUUUCUUUUUUUUUUUUCCUUCCUCUGGGGAAAUAUAAACAUUUCUGAAUAAAUGCCCAACUAAUGCCAGGAGAAGUUUGACCAUACCUCAGCUGCAUACUCAAGUAAAGCUCUUAGGGACACAGUUCAUUUUAUCAAAAAUUUGCAGGGGGAAUAAAACAGAGAGGUUGAAAACAAAAUGCCUUAAAUCGUAUGGAGAAAAAGUAUGUGUGUAGUGUUGUGCUGGGUUUGUGAAGAUGUAUGCAGACAUUUAAAUAAUCAGUAUUCCAAACUAAAUAAUUCCUGUGGUUUUCAUUUCUAGAAUCCAUUUCUUAAACUUACAACCAGAGAUAAG